AUGGGUAAAUUAAAACACAGGUUUGAAUUAUUGACAAUCUUCCUUCCAGGAAUGGCAUACGCUAUGUUAGCCGAAGUGCCUCCAAUAGUGGGUCUAUAUAUGGCUUUCUUCCCAGUACUAGUUUACGUCAUCUUCGGUACGUCACCGCAUGUAUCGAUGGGGACUUUUGCCGUUGCAUGCCUAAUGGCGGGAAAGGUGGUAACACAACAUGCUACGAUGCGUUUUGAUAAUGUUGGGGUAGUAAAUGGAACGAUAAAUGAAGAUGUAUCUGUUACAUCAAUGAAUGGACACACACCAUUGGAGGUGCUGAGUAUAGUGUGCCUAGCGGUAGGAAUAUUCCAGGUUCUGAUGUGGAUACUCCGGCUGGGCGCUGUGUCCACGUUACUGUCAGAGCCUCUGGUCUCCGGAUUCACCACUGCCGCGUCGUUACAUGUGCUCGGCUCGCAGCUGAAAGAUUUGUUCGGAAUCAAACUGCCCAAGUUGCCUUCCAACUAUAAAGUUGUUCUGACAGUGUAUGAGAUAUUCAAAAACAUAAUGAAUUUAAAUGUAGCCGCAGUUACAAUAUCAAUAAUAUCAUGUGUCAUUAUCACACUCAACAAUGAACUGUUAAAGCCUUGGGUUAGCAAGCGGAGUCGGGUGCCUGUGCCUAUAGAACUAAUGGCAAUUGUAAUUGGAACAUUGGUGUCGAGAUUUUGGGGACUUAAAGAGCAAUUUGGCAUAAAACUCGUGGGCUCUAUCCCUACAGGGUAA